AGAAACGCAACCUGAACGCAAAAAACAAAUGACGCAACAAGGAAGCUUAGGUUCAAGCAAAUAUACUGUACUAGAUAUAGUUUAGAUAGGUAUAGUACAGGGGUUUCACAAACAGGUGGAGGUGUAACGUAACGCGAAGUGACAGUUUUGUCACGUCAGUUAGUUGUUGAAGCAACGGAGACUGUCAGAGCUCUGGACACUAGAAGAAAAUGAAACUGUGUAUUGCAGUUGUGUUGCAGUUUCUGUUGGUAGGACACAUCAAGAGCUGGGAUGACGGCAGUGUGAUUCUGCGGGACGUCCAGGUGUUGACUCUGUACAAGGAUCGCUAUACGACAGCUAGGCGUUCCAGCCCAGUUCCUCAGCUUCAGUGUGUUGGAGGCUCUGCAGGAUGCCAGGCCUUUGUCCCAAUGGUGGUCCAGUGUCAAAACAAAGGCUGGGAUGGAGUGGAUGUACAGUGGGAGUGUAAGGCUGAUAUGGACAAUGCCUACCGAUUUGGCCGCAUUGAGGUGAGCUGUGAGGGCUACAGUCACCCUGCUGAUGCCCACAUCCUCAAGGGCUCCUGUGGGCUGGAGUACACACUGGAACUGACUGAAGAGGGCCGGAGGACCACACAAGGAGACUGGGGCUCCCAAAGUGGAUCCAAGGGAUUUGGAGGUCUCGGGGGCUUUGCUUCCAGUUUCUUCAAUGGUUUCUCUGGAAACAAGCAUCAACAUCGCCAGCAGAGCCAUCAGAGCCAUCAGAGCAGCGAGGACUCAGGAAGCCUGCUGGUGGUCGCUGUGCUUCUGCUCUUAGCCUACGGUGUCUACAAGCUGUUCCUCAGUGGGAACAUGGCCCACUGGGGGCAGCACAGCGGGCAAGCUGGUUUCCCCGGAGAUAAUCACCAUGGCUCCACCGGAGGACCACCUCCCCCUGGAUUCAAACCUGACUUCUUAGGUAAUCCUGGAGCCAACCCAGGCUAUGGUUUCCACAGUGACUACACUCAUGGACAACAGUACCCAAGACAUCAAGCUCCCCCUGGCACUGGUACUGGCACUGGUGGAGGCUUCUGGACCGGCAUGGGAACAGGAGGGUUGCUGGGUUAUCUCUUUGGUCGUCAGAGGAGCCAGCCCCACAACUUUAACUACUCCCCGUUCACUGACAGCAGACAUCGUCCUGCUGGAGGUUCCACCUCUUCCUCUGGGACUCGCACUGCCUCAGGUUUUGGCGGAACCAAGAGAAGAUAGAAGAUGCGGACGGAUAAGGGACGGCACUGAGCUGGUCAGUGUCGGCUUGUGGAAAAGCCCCUCAGUGAGAGAAGACAUUCUCUUUAUGUAUUUGUCCAACAACAUAAUAACGUUGUUACUCUUUUCUACAUUCCUCUGAAGGGGAUACUUUGAUGUCAGCUACUCCCAGAAAGCGCUGUUUUUUGUAUGUAAAAGUUUGGUUUGAGCAUAAUGCUGGUUUCACACUGGAGGCAGAAGCUCCACUAUGAGCAGUAGUUCACCUGAUGUGAACCAGUUGUUCAUUGAUUGGAUCAGCAUUUAGUAGGCAAGGCAUUUCAAUGGUAAUCUACUCUUUGAUUGAUACAUUUAUUUAUGUGGUCUUAAGGAUUAAGUCUAUUUUCCAACUAUCUGUUGAUUUUCUUUGAGUGAAUCAGUGUGCUGUACCUCGGGUGCAGAGAGAUAUCUAUUAACAAUGAAGCACCUUUUGCAUUCACAUCAAAGGCAGAUAUGAAGAUAAGAAUAUGUACACAACAAACAAGAACUAUGACAGAAAUGAUUUCAAUUGGGGAAAAGAACAAUGGAGAAAAAAACAAUGUUUUCUGUACAUUCGUUCUACCUGCUAGUAGCCUGGCAGCCUUUUAAACCUGAACUUUUUAAGUGUUUUAUUUAGAGGAUAUAUUUUGAUUUUGAGGACAUGAAGUGUAAUAUUUUCAAAACUGACUAAUAAAGAGACCCCUUGAUUUUU